AUGAGGUCUUAUGCCGUCGUUUUCACCUCCAGAUUGGCACUCCUUACAGUCACACUUUCCUUCGCAAAGGCGUUCACUAUCAAUGGUCUUCCAGCUGUUGUAACAGCAGGUCAAGUCGAAACACUUACAUGGACCCGAGAUAAAGAUGAUCCAACGAAUUUUCAGCUCGCAAAGUCCUCAGCUGGGAAGUUGGGAAUGAUCGGCUCUCCACUGACGGUGGACAAACAGGAAGAGACUCAGGGUACCCUACCAGUUACCUUCAUCGAUGCUCCAACUCAAGUAACUAUCGUUGCCUACGACCUCAAACAUGGUGUUUCCGUAGACCCUAAUAAAGAUAAACCGUUCUUUACCGACACAGCCCAUCCGAUAAACAUUCAGUUUCCUCCUUCUCCUCAUAUGUCUCCUGCGCAAGUGCCUCACCCAACUAGCACAACGUCUGCACCAACCAUCACACCAAACACUCCACCGGGGUCGCCUAAUAGCGCUUCCCAGACUCAGGUACCCACAGUCCCUACAAGCGUAAGCGUCAAUUCGACUUCGAUGGCAAACGGUGGCACUAUUACGACGAAAGGACUGCCGGGAGCAAGUACUGGCCAAUCUGGAUCUUCGGGCUCAUCUCAGUCGGGAAUGUUCGGAAACCUAGGAUACAAUUCCACGGUCGCUUCCGCUACAAAUACAAUUGGCCCAGUCUUUCCAGGAGAUCCUACCAACCCUUCGACCUCACCUCCUCCACAUCCUUCCAAUCUCGGUAUCAUAGUCGGCACUGUCCUCGGCUCGCUGGCAUUCAUCGUCUUUAUAAUUUUGCUCGUCGUAUGCAUCCUUCGCCGGUACCGAAAGAGAAUAACCCAACCAGACAGACCAGGGAUAUUCUAUCGAGACAAAAUGAUCAAAUCGGACGAACGCAUUCCGAGGGUUCACUCAGACUUGGAACCACUCAAUCAUACAUCUAACGAUUCCCCCACCGUCGACGACGCUGAGAACACCAACCUUAUCACCUCGCGAAACCGUUCGUCAGAUGCGACGACGCUUAGUGUACCCGACUACCGGACGAUAUACACUAUAACGGAAACGGACUCGGCUUAUGUGAGUUACGAAGGUUCGGAUCUCACAUCGAUAAUCACCGAGCAUGCCGAACCCUACAAUGGAGUCGCUCCGCGUACGGAAAGACAGAUGAGUAUUGAGAAAAAGAUAUUCCAGUUACAGGGGAAACUGAUAAGGCUACAUGGUGAGUCGCGGUCGACGGGUAGUAUACCUUCGAUACCGUCGAUAGUUGGUGAUAUUAGAGAGCGGAUUGAGAGGUUAAAGAUAUUACAGGAGGGCGAGUGGGCGAGAGAGAUUAGUGAUGAUGUUCCUAUUGAGAUGUAUGGUUCCUAA